CGUAUUCGACUCGUUGGUAUUGUUGUUGCCAUUCCUGAUUUGUUUUUAGCACUUUAGAACGUUUUCGUUUCGUUUUUGCCAUAUUCGCUGCAAUGACAUCGUUGACAUUGUGCUGCUCGCGUCGUGCGGUCGCUGCCAACGCCUACGUCAGCAUCAAUCGGCGGUCUAUUCAAACACUUCAAAGGCGCCAACAACAGCAGCAGCAGCAGCAGCAGCAACAACAACAACAGCAUUGUAGGCGUUACAGCGCAGCUGCAGCGCCUAAAAUCAAUGCAAAUCUGGGCGUGCUGUUCGGCUUAUCGCGUAUGAUGUCGAGUACGUGUCAGAAACUGGUGAAGGUGGAGGAGUCGCGCCGCUUCAUGAUCGACUGCUUCAAGGCCGUCAAUGUGCCCGAGGAGCAUGCGAAGGCUCAGGCCGAUCUGCUGGUGGCCGCCGAUCACCGAGGUCACUUCAGCCACGGCAUGAACCGGCUGGAGAUGUACAUCAAUGAUCUGGCCAUCAAUUCCACGGAUGGCGCUGCCGUGCCCGUGGUGCUGAAGGAGACGCCGGCCACGGCUUGGGUGGACGGAUGCAACGGGCUGGGCGCUGUCGUUGGCAACUUCUGCAUGGAUCUGGCCAUCAAGAAGGCCAAGAAUGUGGGCGUUGGCUGGGUCUGUGCCAAGGGCAGCAACCACUACGGCAUGGCCGGCUGGUAUGCCCUGCGCGCCAUGGAGAGCGGCCUGGUGGGCAUGUCCAUGACCAAUACAUCGCCGCUGAUGGCACCCACCAAUGCCAAGGAGGCGGCGCUGGGCACCAAUCCGCUCUCGCUGGGCGCCAACGGCUGUGGCCAGGAUCACUUCCUGCUGGACAUGGCCACCACAGCCGUGGCCGUGGGCAAGAUUGAGAUCCAGAUGCGCAAGGACGCCGCCCUGCCCGAUGGCUGGGCCCAGGAUCCCGAGGGCAACGUCACCAACGACGCCAAGCUGGCCUUCGAAACGGGCUGCCUCUGCCCCCUGGGCGGCACUGAGUUGACCUCCGGCUACAAGGGCUACGGCCUGGGUGCCAUGGUGGACAUCCUGUCCGGUGUCAUGUCCGGCGCCAACUACGCCACGCACGUCCGCAAAUGGACCCACACGGGCGCCAACUCGGCCGCCGAUCUGGGCCAGGUCUUCAUCGCCGUCGAUCCGAACAGCUUUGCGCCCCAGUUCGAGGAGCGCAUGAGUGACUUUAACUCCAUUCUGCGCAGCACUAAACCGACGAAUCCUGAGAAGCCCGUCCUGCUCGCCGGCGACAAGGAGCAGAAUAACAUUAAGGCUGUUGACCAGGCCGGCGGCAUUCAGUAUCUGGAGAACCAGCUCAAGACCUGCGCCGCCCUAGCCGAACGCCUCAAGGUCCAGCCCCUGAGGUUCAUCUGAAUCGAGAAAUCAUAUCGAGCACAACCCUUAUCARAAUAACACUUUUUACAUAUGACGUGAAUUAAAUUUGCUUUUGCAUUUGUCUUGACCAAAGGAUUUGAUUAGUGCCUAAGUUCCUCGAGUACAGUUUACUUUUUAUAUACACAUUAUAUAUAUACGUAUGUUAUAUAU